AUGGCUCUAUCGACAGAAAAAGACCUUUCUAGCUCUAACUCGAACAAUGUGCAAUCCUUCCCACUUGGGGACUUCGAGUUGCAGAAUGGUGAUCUGCUUCGCGGGGCUUGGCUUUCAUACAAGACGUGGGGAAGUCCCUCGUCUCCCGUAGUCCUCUACCCGACGUGGUUCUCUGGAGCCAUAUCCGACAAUGAAUGGCUCAUCGGCGACGACAAGACAUUGAAUCCUCAGAAAUUAUUCGUUAUUGUCCCAGCACUAUUUGGCAACGGGCAGUCGAUAAGCCCCUCUAAUUCCGAUCUUCAUCCGUUUCCAAAUGUUUCCUUUUACGAUAAUGUGCGAGCCCAGCAUCGUCUCGUUACUGAAAAGUUCGGCAUUAAACAUUUGCGAGCAGUGCUAGGAUGGUCAAUGGGGGCAGCUCAAUCAUUUCAAUGGGCAACUCAGUUCCCAGACUUUAUGGACUUUUGCGUUCCCUUCUGCGGCUCUGCCAGAACCUCUCCGCACAAUCAAGUCUUCCUUGAAGGUGUCAAAUCGGCUUUGCUAGCGGCAAAAGGCACGAGCUCAAGCGGAAGCAGCCAGAGAAAAAUGGAACUAUCGGGAAAGAGGCUGGCCUCCUGGUCCGAAGAUGAGAAGGUGGUUGGCCUCAAGGCGUUUGGACGUGGCUAUGCAGGAUGGGGGUUUUCUCAGGCCUUCUACCGGCAGGAGUUGUUCAAGAAAGUCUACAAAGCCAAGGAUCUGGAAGAGUUUAUGGUUGACUUCUGGGAAAAGUGGGCGCUCAGCAAGGAUCCGGAGAACUUGCUGGUGAUGCUUCAGACCUGGCAGGCCGGGGACGUUAGUAAGCAAGAACCAUACAACGGCGACUUCGAGAAGGCGCUUGCAAGCAUCAAGGCCAAGAUGCUGGUGCUUCCGAGCAAAACUGACCUCUACUUCCCACCCGAAGACUCGGAAUACGAGGUUGCCUGUAUGAAAACGGGUAUCGGUGAGCUUGAUGUCUACCCAUCGAUUUGGGGCCAUUGGGCUGGUGGUCCUCCUGGGAAUUUGGAUGACGUGGAAUGGCUGAACAAUCGGCUGGAGAAGAUUUUCAAAGAUGCACCCUUGAGAGGCUAG